UUAGCAUCGAGCAACAAAAUGAAAACAAAUAACGAAUAACUUAGAAUAUCCCGGGACGCCCGAGUGAGUGGGAGGCGAAGCGCGUCGAACGGAGAUUGGAAACACAAGAUGUUUUGGGAAGGUUUGGAGCUAGUCUCUGCGGUGGUCACAACGACUGCUUGCCUGGUCUCUCUGCUCCUGUUGCUGACUGUCUCCAGACAACUUUGGCAAUUCCGCUGGACCGUGAGCCGGGACAAAAACUGCAAUUUGCCGAUUCCUAAGGGCUCGAUGGGGUUGCCCCUCAUCGGAGAGACUUUUCAUUGGUUAGUAGAGGGGUCCAGAUUCCACUCGUCGAGACGGGAGAAAUAUGGCAACGUGUUCAAGACGCAUCUCCUGGGUCGCCCGCUGAUUCGUGUAACCGGCUCCGAGAAUGUGAGGAAGAUCCUGAUGGGCGAACACACCCUGGUGAGCAGCCAAUGGCCACGCAGUACUAGGAUGCUACUGGGUUCCACCAGCCUGAUCAACUCCAUUGGUGACAUUCACCGCCAGAAGAGAAAGAUCUUUGCCAAGGUUUUCAGCCAUUAUGCCCUGGAAUGUUACCUUCCCAAGAUCCAGCAGGCUAUUCAGGAUGGUAUCCGAGACUGGAGCAGCAGUGGGGAGCCCAUCACCGUUUACCAUGAGGCCAAGAAACUCACAUUCCGUAUCGCAGUCCGGGUCUUACUAGGAUUCCGUGUAUCCGAGACCGAACUAAACCUUCUGUCGGAAAGCUUUGAACAACUUGUCGCCAACCUCUUCUCCUUACCUCUAGACUUUCCGUUUAGUGGUUACAGGAAGGGUAUGCGAGCCCGGGACAAUCUUCACAAAUACCUGGAAAAAGCCAUCAGUGAGAAACUGCAGUACAAAGAAGAGAAGGAUUACUCUGAUGCUAUGGACAUUCUGAUAGACAGUGCCAGGGAACAAGGGAAAGAACUCACUAUGCAGGAGCUGAAGGAAUCCACAGUGGAACUGAUCUUCGCUGCCUUCGCCACCACCUCUAGUGCAACGACUUCACUGAUCUACCAGCUCCUGCAGCACCCCCUGGUCCUGGAGAAACUACGGGAAGAGCUGAGGAGUAAUGGGAUCCUUCACAACGGCUGUAAGUGCGAGGAGACCCCCAGGAUGGCCGUGGUGGUCCGCCUCAAGUAUCUGGACUGCAUCAUCAAGGAGGUCCUACGUCUGCUUCCACCAGUCUCAGGUGGCUACAGGACAGCACUGCAGACGUUUGAGUUGGACGGGUGUCAGAUUCCCAAAGGCUGGAGUGUCCUGUACAGCAUCCGAGACACACACGAUACGGCUCCCAUCUUCCAGAAUUCUGAGGUCUUUGACCCUGACCGUUUCAGUGAGGAGCGGGGAGAGAACAAAGGUGAUCGUUUCAGCUACAUCCCCUUCGGAGGGGGCAUCAGGAGCUGCCUUGGUAAAGAGCUGGCCAAGCUGAUCCUGAAGGUGCUGGCGAUGGAGCUGGCCAGUACCAGCUGCUUUGAACUUGCCACCCGGACUUUCCCCAGGAUGUUGACGGUGCCGGUGGUUCACCCUGUGGACGGGUUAAGAGUCAAAUUCUCCGGACUUGAUUCCAACCAGAACGAGAUAGACCCAGAGACAGAGACAAUGCUGGGUUCCACUGUGUAACAGGGCCAACUGCGACACUCUAUCACCCACCCCAUCCCCAAAAAUUCAGCCACCACCCUACCCUGCACCCCUCCGCUUCCCCCCGCAACCCCCAAUCCUAACCAAACCUUCACUGAAGCAACAAAAUAAAGCAAACACAUCUGAACUUGAAAGCAAAGAAAAGCUUCAAUGAACUAACAUGCAAGCUGUAAAGGAAACCCCUUUGGGAAAACCUACUCAGAUUGUCCAGCAAGGAAUUUUGGAUGGGAAAAUAUCCAUGGGAGAGCUAGAUAGAGCGAAUUCCAUGGUGAGAAGGCACAGGAUUAUAUUUCUGGACAAAAUCGAAGCGAUCGAGAUUGGAGGAGGCAGAUAAACGUCAGAAGAGGAUUAGUGUUGGAGAGAGAGACAGGAGAAGGAGGAAAAGAGAAGAGAGGAAAAUUGGUGGGAGAGAAAAUAUUUGACAUCAAAACAAAAGACUAUCUUUAAAAAAAACACAUAUAUAUCCUGCGUUCCUACUUAAAGUAUAUAUAUGUAUAAACCUACUCUGAGUACCAUUCUAGGUAUAUAACUUGAUUAGAGAUUGCAACAGAGUUGCAGCCUUUGGCACUUUGAAUGUUGAUCCAUUACUGAUGCUGGUUAUAUUCAGCAUAAACUUAGAAACAGUAACAAACUGGUUUGAAUUUGUACUAUUCCUAUCUUUAAGCUAUAUAUGGAUUAUUUGUCAUUGUGUUUUUUUUAUUUUAAGAUUGCAAUUAGAC